AGUUGACUGCGUAUGAUUCUAUUAAUAUCUUCUCACUUCUCACACACCAAAACAAAAACCCUCUUUAGUAUAAAAAUCACCCUCGUAAUCAAUUCAUAUAACUAAAUUCAUCAACAUAAUCAUUCUUUUCCCCUGUCUCUCUCUCUCUCAAGAUCUUUCUUUUUGUUUUUUGUUUUUUUAGUUAAUUAAAACCCAUCCCCUUUUUCUUCGCUCUCGAUUCAAUUCCCUCAAAAGGGUCUCCAAUUUCACCUUCAAAACCAUAACUUUUUCUCUUUCCCCCAAAUUCUUCACGGGAUCCUUAUAAUAAUAGAAACUGAAAACUGAAUUAAAUCCCUAAAUUGAACACACCGAUACCUUCAUCAUCGUUACGGUUACCGCCACCCGGCUUCGAUUCUCACCAAAGGGUCUUCGAUUGCGCAUUCAAAAAGCGGAAUUUCCUGAUUCCGAUAUAGAUGGAUCAAAACGACGAGGCAAUUGCGAAAACGGCGAACUCGAUUCCGUUUCCGUCGCUGAACCAUUCGGCGUGGCUUGAGAUCAGGCUUUUCUACGUCCGAAUCUCGCCGUGCCUCGUCGACGCCGUCCCCGACCACCUCGUACUCCGCCACCCGCACCGCGAGAUCGGCGUAUCCCUCCAGAUCAACGGUUCUCCCGUUCCGGCGGCGACAGAGGCGGCGCCGCUCACUCUUCGCCGUGACCGCGUCGACAGGGACUCAGCCGAGGUGACAUACGUCAGCACCGAUAGCGUGCGCGCCACGGGGAGCGUGGAGUUCGAGGUUUACGAGAAAGAAGGGUUGUUGUUCCUAUGCGGGUCUUUGGAGCGUGUGGAGAGUCAAUGGGGAAGUGUGGUUCCUCCUGCGGGUUCUGGUUCGGGUUCAGGUUGGAGCAUUGAAUGCCACGUGGCGGCUGGUUCGGUUGGGUCGGGUUCUUCGGCCUUUUUCAGGCCGAAACUGGGGGUUUCGGCGCCUUCGAUCGAGGUUUAUGUUGCAGGGUGUUGCUCCGGCAUGCCGGUGAUUCUAAGCAAGACGAUUCAGAUGAGUCCAAGGAGGAGGGUGCCAAGGCAUUUCACUUUAGAUGCUAUACCUGAAGAUGAAGAGGUGAUGGAGAAGGAGCACAAGGGUGUUAAAGCAUUGGUACCAAAUGGGAAAUUGCAGAUAACAGGGCCGGAUGCCGAUGACUAUGAUCCUGAUGGUAAGAUGAUGGGCCAUGGUUUCUAUCCUCAAGAGAUGUAUCUUGGUGAGGACGGACAACUUUCGUGGUUUAAUGCCGGUGUUAGAGUUGGUGUUGGAAUCGGCCUUGGGAUGUGCGUAGGGAUUGGAAUUGGCGUUGGUCUCCUCAUGCGUUCCUAUCAAACAACAACCAGGAACUUUAGAAGGAGAUUCUUCUGACCGGUAACAACAAAUUCCAUCGUUCUAGUUCAAGAUAAGCACAAAAAAAGAAAAAUAAAAUAGCAAAAGGAGGAUACUUCGUAGCUCCGAUCGAUGAUAAUAGGACUUUCCUAUAGAUGAAAGUGUCAAAAGUAGAACCCCCAAGAAAGCAAGAAAUACUUGAAUGCACAAAAUGUUAAUUUUGUAGAUAAGUGGAGUUUGUGAAUGGUUUUGUUCUAUAGCCUUGUCUUGCUGAUAUAUGUUGAUGUAUCACUGUGAUCUGUUGAUUUUACACUAUGCUGUAAAUUCUAUCUGAUCCUCCACCAUAAUAGAUAUGAAAAAAAUAGAGAGAAAUGCAAGAAGAUUGUUGAGGGUGUGGUGUGUGUGAGUUGCUGAGUUUUGACACUGAGCAUAUGUAUCCGAGAUUUUAUUUGUUUAUUAGUCUUGUAGAUAUUAUAUAUUGUUUAAACAAUUUUAGUCUUUAGAGCUCAA